AUGGCGGUCACAACUAUGACCAUCCAAAUGUCUUUUGUUCCCAUAAUACAAUGCAAAUUUGGACAAAUCCACCUAAGAACUAAAAACCAGUAUCACGUAAUUCCAGGGGCGCAAGAAGCGGCACGCGUACCUCUUGUCGAGGUGGAGCCGUGGGCCAAGGUGUCUGGGUUCACCAAGGUGGAUCUGGCUUCCGGCGAUCUCGCCAGGUUCGACUGUGGCGAGGGCCACUUCAGCGGGGAGCCCUGCUUCGUGUUCGUUGAGGGUGCGCGCGGCGUGGACGACUCGACGAUUGAUUCUUGA